AUGGAUAAAUUUUUAACUGGACGUAAGCGAACAUUCGAUACUAGUGAAGCAUCAACAAGUGCACCGGCGAGAGGGGUUCCAAAAAUAAAAUCAAGGAAAUAUUCUCAAGAAUACUUAAAAUUUGGGUUUACUUGUACUGAAGUCAAUGAAGAAGAGAGGCCAUUGUGUGUCAUUUGCCGCAAAACUUUAGCAGCUGAUAGCAUGAAACCAAAUAAACUUAAAAGACAUUUGGAAACGCUUCAUAGUGAGUACGUUAACAAACCCCGUGAAUUCUUCGAGUUAAAAUUAAAAACCUAUGGAAACGAAAAGGCAUUUUUUAAAAAAACUUUGACUGUAAAUGAAAAAGCCUUACUUGCCUCUUAUAAAGUUUCGUAUCAAAUAGCCAGAUGUAAGAAACCUCACACUAUUGGCGAAGAACUUAUUUUGCCAGCUGCAAUUGAAAUUGUAGAAACUAUGUUUGGAGAUACUUUUGCCAAAAAAUUGGAGUCUAUACCUCUAUCAAAUGAUACGGUUGCACGUAGAAUUGGUGAUAUGGCUGAAGAUGUACAGCAUCAGCUACGUGGGAAGUUGCGAGACAAGUUAUUUUCAAUUCAGCUUGAUGAGGCAACAGAUAGCAAUAAAGAUGCUCAUCUUAUUGCCUACGUUCGAUUUAGUGAUGGCAUAUCUGUAGUUGAAGAACUACUGUUCUGCAAACCCAUAGAGCUCAAAGCAACAGCUCUCGCAUUGUUUGCUGUCUUAAAUGAUUAUAUAAUCGAGGCAAACAUGGAGUGGAAGAAUUGCGUCGGAGUAUGCACCGAUGGAGCUCGUUCAAUGUCCGGAAGAUUUGAAAGUAUAUAA